GUUGGUAAGACUUAGCCAAGUAGUAUAUAAAGUCAACGGAGAAUUAUUUAUUUAUUCUACUGGAAUACAGCUUAUUUUUUAAUAAAUUGUUCGGAGCAAACAUUAAGAUGUUAUUCCUUAUUUCAUUUUCUCUCUGCCUUCUCCUGCAACAAAGCCACGUGACCUGUAGUGUUGACACGCAGGCCACUGAUGUUUCAACUUCUGGAAACCAAACCAACAAUUCAUCGUCGUCAGCACAGCAGGAGAUCGAAGAAUUUAUUUCUUACUUAAACAAACUCAGUUCCGACGUAGGUAGCACGGAGACAGUCAACUUGUCAACUACAAAUCCUAGCACGGUGACCAGUCAAGAUACGACUACGCUCCAAGGGCUAAUGGAUGCCAUUAAAAAACUCAACAGUUCAGCCACGGGCGUUACCGCUAGCUCGGGAGUUCAAGAAACAAUAUACAAUACACGAACCGACCCAGCAACCGAACAAAAAGCGAGCGCAUUGUCUGCUUUUUACACCGAAUCUGAACAAGAAACAGAACGUCUGCCCACCCCGGACCCUGCCACGAUGCAGGAUUUGAUGCAUUUUAUAGAGAAACUAAACCAGCUUAGUGAAAACAGCGUGGCAUCGAUUCCACAACCUACCCCCGCCCCCGACAACUCGAUCCAACAAGACAUGGAAACCUUCAUGAACAAACUAGACGCCCUGAGCCAUGCAUCCCAUUUAGCUUCAGGCUCAGAGAGAACUAGGGCUCCACAGCAAGCAACCGACACAGAAACCACGACCAUAUCUCAGUUACCACUGGCGAACGCCACUUCAUCCCAGCUGUCUUCAGAUGAAGCGAAGCCAACAGACUCUCAAGUUAAACUGUACUGGGCUGGCUUGGAUCUGCAAAUGCUCUUAUUUAUCAGCAUCACUUCUGCUUUUCUUUUACUCAUCAUUAUCGUCGUCGUCAUUCUUGCAUGCAUGAGGUGCCAAAAGAAGAAAAAAGAUUUGAGUUUAAACAAGGAGUUUAACCGAUGGGACCCUCAGCUGUUGCGUCCCAGUCAGCCUUCAAUAGAUGCCUUCAUCUUUGGCUCGCCAAUACCUACAGUCGCCGAGAUGAUCAAAUUUUGAACACGGCAGUCGUUUCUAUAAAUAGUUUCGGCCCUACUGUUAUGUCAUGGUUGUGAACAAUUUUUGUGCCAAGUCUUUGAAGCGUCUUUAGUUACGAAGCCAGAUUAUCAAAUUCAAUGUUACCAAAAUAACACAUCAAUGUUACCAAAAUAACACAUCAUUGCGCGGCUUUAGUGCGAACUGUUACUAUGGUGCUAUGUAUAUUUGUAAUUUUAUUUCAGGAGAAAAAAAAACAGUCCCAGUCUUCCACUGAAAAGUGCUCUUUAUAUUUGAUAUUUUAUACACCAUAUUUUUUAAUUCGUUGUGCCUUUAAACUUAUGUAGUGCCUUGUUGAUAUUGACUUAACUUUAUAGAAUUUAAUAUACUCAGCUGACGGGUGUUUGUCUUCAGCCAGUCUUCCGUGGAAACAUUGUGUGUGAUAUCCAGCUUUUCCUGGUAGGCCAGUGUAUGCGGGUAUUUCAGCUAUCAUAUCGGUGCUACUGUAGUAGUUAGUCGAGGUGCAUUCACGAUAGGUUUUAUAAACACAUCGCUCCAUGUUUUUAAUUGAUUUAAUUGUCAUUAUUUAACAGUCGCAAGCCAGUAAUUAUAUGAGGUUUUUAUUAAGAAAAAAGAAGGCAUCAUUCAUGUUAAGGUCGAAUUAAAUAACUUCAACACCGAUAGGGUAUGUUGUAUUUUUGUCCUUUUAUUCUCAUGUACUGUAAUACACUUCUCAGUCGUCAACAACCUUCAAACCCGCCUCCCCACAUAAAAAGUCCCCUCACAAUCAUCCACACACCUUUAUACCCGGACCUUAGGAUAACAAUAAACACAUGGGGUUAACUCACACCCACACUAUCCCCUGUUCUAGACUAAGCUAUUUUAAUCUAACUUACAAAUGACCCGUAACAAUUCGUAUAUGGUUGUGUCUUGUAUACUACAAAGAUUAGGCAUCAUUCUGCAUGACUGUGUUGUUAAUGCCUGACACACUUAUUGUUUCACUUCAUAAAUGUUUAUUUAUUAUGUUUUUUAGCUGACUAUUUGUCUUAUAUGGACUACAUUUCUGCAUUACUUUCUUUUAGAAAGACAUUCGUUGUCUUUUUUUUACUUUCUCGUAUAUACGAAGUAUAGAGAAAGUCUUGUAAUCGUGCAAAAAAAAAAAAUCGAGAUUUUUACAAAUCUCGACGUUUUACACCUCACUGAUACGGAAAAACAUAAUUUUGCAAUCUUGUCCGUAUGUCUGUGUGUCUGUGUGUGUGUGUGUGUGUGUGUGUGUGUGUGUGUGUCCGUGUGUAAACACGAUAACUUGAGUACCGUUACAGCUAGGUUGAUGAAAUUUCAUAUAUAAGUAUUUUAUCAAAAUCGUAGAUCC